AAAGAAAAAGUCCCAACUUAUCGUUUUGAAUUAAUAGGCCAAACUAUUCAACUAUUCAUAACACCCCGAAAUUCCCCACGUCAAGAAAUUUGACCAUAACUCGAAAGCUAAAAAUACUUGGCAACCCUCGCCUCUAAUCACUUCCUUUUAUCUUGAAGCUAGUCUUUUAAAAUUGAACUCUUUUCCGGACUUUUGGGGAGCAUUUAAAUUUUUGGCCUCGAAUGCGUUCUCAAGCUGUUGGCGAUGCUUAUUCGGUUGUUUAUUUAAAGAAGCGUAUUCUUUUCUUCGUAAAUAGUAAACAGGAAAUGAAUUCUAAUGCUAGUCCUUGUAUUGAUCGAUUGUGAAAAUAAUUUCCUCUUUAUUUUUUGGGUCUGUUGAAUAGACUAAAGCGGCUGCAUAAGAAGAGAGUUUUAAAAAAGGGUUUCUCAUGGGGGGAAUGUAUUUAAAGGUGCAGUCAAUUUUUUUAAAACAACCGUGACUUAUACGAAAAUGGGAAGCGAAAGUUUUUAGUGUCUAGACCCGAGAAGCGCUGUGUACGGCAACAUCACGAAAAUCUAUUUUCGUGCCGGUGGAGAGAAAGAGUGUCGGAACGGGGUCGACGCCUCACACAAUAUAGGAACUGCGUGGACACGAGUCGGCGUCAUCACCCUUUCGUCUCGCAACAAAUGUGAAGGUCUUCAUUUCUACUUCCCUCACCGAACAUUUUCAAAAGAAAAACAAAAGAAAACGAGCGAGACAAACUAAUUCAAAAAUGGUUCAACAUUUCCCGUGCGCCAAGUGUCAAUUGCCUUCCACCAACUGUUGUUCAAAGUGCCGCAGAGUGUACUACUGCUCCCGCGAACACCAGAAAGCCGACUGGACAAAUCACAAGACAUUGUGCGCACCUCCUUUUAAGAUCGAAGAAUCAGAAGCUGAAGGCCGUUAUCUGGUGGCCAGUCGUCUCAUUAAAGCUGGCGAAGUGAUCCUGCAGGAGUUACCACUAGUGGUCGGACCCAAAUUGAAAACAUUGCCGCUAUGUCUUGGCUGUUAUAAGCCCAUCACUGACACUUAUCGAUGUUCGCGUUGUAAUUGGCCAAUGUGUUCGGCAGCUUGCGAAGAAUCUGCCUUGCACAAAAAUGGAGAAUGCCGAAUGAUUGAUCCGACUUUGAUGACCAACCAUCUCAAUCAGGGCGCCAUCAACAGUCAAGUGUAUCAAUGCAUAACUCCUUUACGCUACUUGACUUUGCCGGAUUCGGAUAGGGAGCGUUUAGACGAGCUCGUUUCACAUCUGGAACAACGUCGGGGUACGGACAUCUACCGACUAGUUGAACAAAACAUUUCCAGUUUCCUGCGCUAUCGGCUGUUGCUGACCCAAUACGAUUCCGAAAGUAUCCAGCGAGUUUGCGGAAUUUUGGAGACCAACUGCUUCGAGAUCCGCGUUCAGGGACGCGUUAGUGUCCGAGGAUUGUAUCCUACGGCGUCGCUAAUGAACCACGAUUGCGUAGCAAAUACUCGGCAUGUUUUCGAUCCGGCUGAUUUUCGGAUAAGAAUUUUGGCAACUAAAGAUAUUCCGGCUGGAGACAAAAUCAGCGCCACCUAUACGCAAAGCCUCUGGAACACCCUGGAUCGUCGCUUACAUUUGAAAUCCACCAAACAUUUUUGGUGCCAAUGCAGCCGCUGUGCGGACCCAAGAGAACUGGGGACAUUAUUGAGCACCGUCAAGUGUGCAGGUUGCGGAGGUGCUGUCCUAAGUCAAGAUCCGCUCGAUCAAAUGUCAAAUUGGGGGUGCAGCGAUUGCGGAUCAGUGCAAAAAAUCGAACAAGUUAAAAGGGUCCAUGAUUCCGCACGGAUGGAAUUGAAACAAGUUGCUCAAUUGGCACGGAAUCGUCCGGAAUUACUAGAAGAUUUUAUCCGGAAAUAUUCCGGAGCUAUCCAUCCGGAUAGCUGUCACGUGAUAGAGGCCAAAUACGCCCUCGUUCAGCUUUACGGAAAUACUCCGCAACUUCUUUACCAUGAUUUGAGUGAAGAACUGAUUGAGAGGAAGCUGGAUUACUGCCGACAGCUAUUGAAACUUGCGGAUGUUAUUGAACCUGGUUUGAGUCAGUUGAGAGGUCAUUUACUGUUUGAACUACAGUCUGUCACGGAACACAAAGCUAACCGUGCUUUUAAACGUGGCUCUGCUGAAUUCAAGGAAUUGAUCAAGGACGCAAUUAGUCAUUUGAUGACAUCUUCCGAAAUACUGCGCUACGAGAUCCAUUGGGUAGACGUCCUGGAGAAACGUCGAUUAAUUCUCGAAAAUAUUUUAAAAGAAAUUUGACUUUUGAGUGCUAGUUAACAAAUUUACUGCGAUUUUUUAAUACAGAAAAUCCCAAUAGAGUUGUUGAAUCUGUGUACACACUCUGAUAAAGACAGCCUUUUUGUACUUGGAAUUCAUAAGAAAUUAAGUAAAUUUCUGAUUUCUAUAGACCGUCUAUAGAUAGUCUUAUAUGAUUUCGGAUUUUUUAGCAGAUUUUAAAAAAAUGUACAAUUCGCCACUAGAUAAUGCUGCUCGCAAUUUUUACAAUUUGCAGUCAGCUGUCAAAGUUAUCGUCUGUACUCUGUGCGUCUGAGUCUGAGGUAUACACUUUGGUCGUCGAUAUGGCCGAUUUCAUCACCUUACUUGAUCAGGGUGCCAAAUAAAGAGAACUUUUGUUCAUGCACAACACAUCACUGGUGGGAUCAACUCAGUGUGUUGCUCAACAUCAAGAAAGAAAUUACUCUACACAAUCUGUGGCAUCUUAAAAACAUGAUGUCAUCACCUAUUUAUCGCUAUUUAUUUCCUGGAGGGAUGGAUUCCGUGCUACUCCAUUGACACAUCAAUAAAAAAUAACUUGUGAAAUGUGUGGGAUCACUUCAAAAAAAGGGAGGAGCGAAUGGAAGAAGCUGAAAGAGAACUUGACGAACUUGAACACCUUCAUGAGGAACCAGGAAAAAGCAGCAAGAGUGAUGAGAAAGAUUCGUGGUCGUCGUACGUAUCGCACAUUUGUUGCGCGAGUUAACCAUUUUCCACCAAGUGUUGCAGUUAUAUGGCGUAGACCCAACGCUUAUCGCUCAAGUUUUCCGCCAGGUGUUCUAUUACAUUUGUGCGUGCGCAUUAAACAACCUCCUACUGCGUAAAGAAAUGUGUCACUGGUCGAAAGGCAUUCAGAUUCGGUACACAUCUCCCAUCUUGAAAAAUGGCUGCGUGACCAGGAUAUUCAUGGACAGGACACUAUGAGUGCUUGUAUUGUAGAUACCCUGCAGCCUAUUAUCCAAGCCGCAUGGUUGUUACAUUUGUUACAAGCUAGAGAAUCCGACGAUGACGUCAGGCAUAUUUGCACCAUGUGUUCCCGAUUAACCAGCGCUCAGAUCAUCAUGAUUCUUAUUAUGUUCUUAUCGAAGCAUUCCGUUGGUGUGUGUUAAGUAUUGAGGAACGAAAUGUGUUUGGCUGCAAACGUCUCGAAGCUAACUGCGGCCAUUUGUUCUAUGUAAAAUAAGAAGAAAUGAGUUAUCAUUGAUACUAAGUACAGUUUAAUAAGAAAAGAACAAUGAAUUGAUCUGCCAAAUAUUUCUGUUAGUGACCUGCUUUGGACUCACGAUAUUUGCGAAAACAGAGAACUAUAUAUUUUUACUUACAAACGUUAUGUUUGAUGCUUUAAGGAUAUGCCUGCAGCUAUGGAACAAGGUCGAUCUUAAUGUUUUUUUCAUUCCCAUGUUCAUUCAUAAUACUCGAGUGCUCGCACAACGGAUCGCUAUUAAAACUCCUCUGCUUGUGUGAUCACUGUGAUGAAUCUGAUUUGAAUGUGACACAUGGCAUUCUUUUUCAGCUUUUUGUCUUUCACGUUUCUUUGCAGUUUUAGGUGAUUUUUAAGAUUUUUGUAAUAUUUUGAUUUCAGAAUAAAUAUCGUAAAUCUUC